AUCUGUUGGAUCGUCGAAAACAACAGUCACUCUUUAUAUGGUAAAUGUGGUUCUGCUCAAGGAACAAAGCUUGCAAUCAAUUUUAGGAUUAAGGAUCCUGAUUUUUCUACCACAUUAAUUAAAGAAUUCGGUAUUUCUUGUAGUUCAUUUUUUUGGAAAGAGGCUGGGCUAACUGCAUUCACUAUUGGUGCUGUGUUUGCUGUACCUGUAAUGUCAGCGCUAGCUGACGAGUACGGACGUAGACCGAUCACAUUAGCAGCCAUGACCGCUUCAGACUUACUCUACUUCAGGCUCAUCGCUCAUGUACUUGCUUCUUUUUCACCUAAUUAUUACAUUUUUGUUUUGUUACGCCUUAUUAUUGGAGCAGCAAGUGACGUAAGCUUUUUCCUAAGUGAAGAAUUUUUUAGUCAGGUUCGUGCAUGGAUCACUCUCGUUCUAACGAUUGCUUGGGUUUUCGGGAUGUUUUGGGUUGGUCUAUUGUCUCUCGUUAUAAACGAGUGGCGUACGAUGUACUUUGCAUGCGCUGCUCCUGGAAUUCUUUACCUACCAGAGUCACCGCAUUUUUUAAUUCAACACGCAAAAUACAAAGAGAUUGAAGAAUACAUAAAAAUUUCUAACAGGCUUGCGAUGUCUCUUUAUUAUUACGGCCUCUCCCUUAUCUCAGUUGAUUUGAGUGAGGAUCGAUUUACUAGCUUCAUGUUAUCGGCAUUUGUAGAGAUACCCGGUGGCUUGGCUGUUCUCCCGUUAAUGCUUUAUGCUGGCCGACGAAAUGUGUGCUUGAUAUCAAUGGUUGUACAAGGCGUCGCCAUCGCUAUUGCUCCGUUUGUCCGUGUUUUGAUGAGCUCCUUUGAGUAUCUACAGGUCAUUUACGAACAUAGCAGUCAUAUCACAUAUACGGUACAUCCCAUAUACGUCUCUGAAAUGGCUCCGACAUCCGUUCGUUCGCUCUUCUACUCGCUCAUCAACGGGCCACAAAGCUUAGGAAUGAUUGUGGCACCGUAUUUGCGUCAUACAGUAUGUUUAACUCAAAACAUCCUACAUUUAAAUCGCGGGCUAUGCGUGUUCCUUCCCGAAACUAAGAAUCGACCUAUGCCAUCGGACAUCAAAAGCCUGACCACUUCCGGUGCUUGCACGUUUGAUAAUAGAGACAGGGAGGAAUUGAUGAGGUCAGUGAAGGCAGAGAUGCUUAACAUUGCUUCUUCCCAAGAACGUCGUUAUCGAGAAUUUACUGAGAUUCUUUAG